AUGACAUCACGAGGUCCCGCGUUCAUUCAUGUGGGAGCUCACGAGCAGCCCGGCUGAAUCGUCCUGACUGCUUCUGAAGGAUUUCGGGAUUUCUUAGUUUUUUAAUGGAGCCAGCGCUUCGGAAAACAAGCCGUUGAUUCGGACAACGUCGACAGAGGGAAGCGGACCGCCGAUAUGUCGGAGGAGAAAAGUUCUCCGGAUGGGAAUGGCAAGGUCAGUCGGCUCAUCCGGAUCGGAACCCGCAAAAGCCAGCUGGCUCGCAUCCAGACUGACAGUGUGGCGGACAAGCUGAAGGAGCUGUACCCCGACAUCACCUUGGAAAUAGUCGGCAUGUCAACAACAGGAGACAAAAUCCUCGACACCGCUUUAUCAAAGAUUGGAGAGAAGAGUUUGUUCACCAAAGAACUGGAGAACGCUCUGGAGAAGAACGAGGUUGAUCUGGUUGUUCAUUCGCUGAAAGAUCUUCCCACCACUCUGCCUCCGGGAUUCACCAUUGGAGCUGUGUUGAAGAGAGAAAAUCCCCAUGAUGCCGUUGUUUUGCAUCCACAAAAUGCAGGAAAAACUCUUGAGACUCUGCCGGAAAACAGCGUGAUCGGCACCAGCUCACUGCGCCGCGCUGCUCAGCUGAAGAAGAGAUUCCCCCACCUUGAGUUCAAAGACAUCCGUGGAAACCUGAACACGCGUCUGAAGAAGCUGGACGAAAAAGCGGACUUCGCUGCCAUCAUCCUGGCGGCUGCCGGCCUGAAGAGAAUGGGCUGGGAGAACAGAAUCAGCCAGAUCCUGGAGCCUGAAGACUGCAUGUACGCUGUUGGACAGGGGGCUCUGGCAGUGGAGGUUCGGGCCAGAGACAUAGACAUCCUGGAAAUGGUGUCCGUCCUCCAUGACUCUGACACUGUGCUGCGCUGCAUAGCUGAGAGAGCCUUCCUCAAACGCCUGGAGGGUGGGUGCAGUGUUCCUGUUGCUGUAAACACCGAAGUAAAAGACUCCCAGCUCUACCUGACGGGAGCAGUGUACAGCCUGGACGGAUCAGACAGUCUGAAGGAAACCAUGCAGACCAGCGUCGCUGCUGCUGCUGCUGCUGUUGCUGCUGCUGACAAGAGCUCAGAAGAGGUGGACGAGCGGGUCCAGCGAGUGGGGGUGACAGCCAGCAAGAUCUCGGGUGAGGCCCAGGACCGAGCUGAGCGGCUGGGAGUCGACCUGGCCAACUUGCUGCUGAGCAAAGGAGCCAAGGAGAUCCUGACGGUGGCCCGGCAGCUCAAUGACGCCAGAUAAUCCCGCUUUGCGGAUGUGACGGGGGUACACGAGUACAGCCAGUCACAGCCUUGUGUCAAGGAAAAACGUGAUGUCCCCUUUAUUUUUUUUUAUGUUAGACAUUUGACCUGAGCCAAAAAGUGCCAAAUGGUGCAGUUUAUUCCCUUUGCAUCCGGAAAGCCUUGGGGUACAGCAGGUCAAAUGUUACACUACCUUGACCAAUGUUGUGUUUAGUCUGGUGCAACGCUGCUCGGCCCAUUAUCAGCUUGUUCAGAGUCCCUGCAGUCGCCCCCUCCGUUUUGGUUCCAGCCUGCUCUUACACACAGAACGUCACGGAGCCACCUCCUGAGCCAAGUAGAAACUGGUGAUUGACACAAAAUGGCCUUUGGACACUGACGUCAGCACGUAGAGCACCAACCACUGGCUGAUAUCCUCGUAGUGAAUCCUCUUCAUUUUUGUUUUUUUAACCAUAUCAAUACAGUAUCAGCCACUGAAAUUCAGUAUUCUCAAAUAUUUGUCCACUAUUGGUUUCCAGCAUGUAAAAAAAGGGAAGUUAUAGCAGAGUUCCUCUCUCAGCUUUUAGCUGACAACUUUCGAUGGCACCAAAGAUUCGUUUCUCAGCAUUGUGGUUUGGUGUCAGCAACUCUGCAUUGAAACGAGGCUCAUGUCGGUGUGGAAUAAGUAUAAAUAUAUCAGUCUUUCAUUCAUAAGCUCAUCCAGCUCUGUGCUGUUUGUUGACUCGACCUUAUCCACCGGAGCAUUCCAAUGUAGUGUUCUAUCAUGUCGGCCUCCUGAAACAUCACAAUCUUCAUUCAACUCAAGUUGUUCACCACAUUUAAAGAAUGUGCCGAGUCCUUCUUCUACAGCCAGGGGAUUAAUUUAAUAUCCGUGACAAUAAGAGAGUUUGUUUUAUUCCACAGCUUUGUCCUGAGAGGAACUGUGUGAUGUUACCUCUGAUUUUAAAUGUGCUCCGGGCCUGAAGCAUCACACUCGGCAUCAACCAGAAGUGUGUGAGUUUUAUGAUGAGGUGUAAAUGAAACACGUGUGUUUGUACAGUACUGUACAGUAGUGAAAUGGGCCUUUUAAAAGGUAAAGGGCACAACAGCCUAUUGGCUCAUUGACGUUCCUGGAGGAAAGGACUGUUGUGUCAGAGAGACAAAGCCAGACAGAACUUAUUUAACUGAAAUAUUAACUAUAACGCUGGUUCUUGCUCCAAGCCUUCUCAGUAUUUUACUAUUGUAUUACCAAACUCUGUACACGAGAUCAAAGCCGUUCGUUGAAUCCUACAGACACGCUGUCUCAAAGCAUUAAAACAUAUCUAUCUCCUAAUUAUGGGAUGGGUCUUAAAUAUCCAGUAUAGUUGUCUUGAGAUAAUCUAAUGGUUAUUAGGCAAUUAAUUAUCAAACUCUUAGAUAUGGAUUCUGUAUCUACACAACUACGAGAUAUUUAUCCUGUAAUUAUGAGUUGCAGAGUCAUAACUACAGCAUAUAGAAGAUCAUCCAGACUUCUUUAAACUUUUAGCAGGUGACAUUUGCUGUAAUGCACGAUGCUGUACUCGUAUGUAUAUUCACACACACAUCAUGACCUUAAUAACUUGCAUAGACACAUAAACCUCUAUGAUUUAUCAUUGCUUCCAUAGUUUCUAUCAAUGUGCUGGCGGCCAUUUGAGUAAACUGCAUAGCUGCCUUACUCUGCAUCAGUGUCACUGCACAGCUGGUGUGUUGUUUCUUUUAUUUUAUAGCUCUUUAUUUUAUAUAAUAGUCUACCUAAUUUAAACCUCCUGAGCCAUAAUUGUUUUUCAGCUUUAAUGUCUGUGCGAGUUAACAUGGAAUGUUUGUCAGUCUGGAUUCUUUUGUGUCAAUAAAGUUAGUGUGUUAUA